AUGAAUGUAUUACACAUUUGUGUCGAACAGAGUGGACCGUCAUCGUCGAAGAACCAAAACGAUGAAAACAAGAAUAAAAGGUACUUGGAAAUUUGUAAAGCUCUACUUUUGGACUACCCAUCGAAAAAAUUACUGGACGAUGACAAUGUAAAGCAGUUGCUUCAAGCAUGUGACAAUGAAAAAAAUACGCCACUUCAUCUUGCUGUCAAGGCGAAUAAUACAGAAAUUUUCAAAUGUUUACUAGAAAGUUGCAGAAAUAUGAAGAAUACUAAUCCAGACGAAGAGAAAAAAAAGGCUACGUAUGGAAUAACCGAACCACGUAAUCGAAGCGGACGAACACCAUUACUUGAAUGUGCAAAACAUAAUUGUACAUCAUUUAUCGAAGAAAUAUUGUCAACAAAGGAUAAUUCGAGAAAAUGGAAAACAGUGCUUGAUCAUCAACUUAGUGAUCAAGAUCGAAUGACAUGCUUGCAUUUGGCAUGUAGUCAAGAAGUUGUGAUCUAUCUACUUGAUUAUACCGAUGCUGAUCCAACAAUAAGAACAGCCAAAGGCUACAAUUGUCUUGAUAUUGCCAUUGCAAAACAUUAUCCUAACAUUGUCAAACGUUUAUUGGAAUAUUCUGAAUGGCGUACUCUAAUGGAAAGUGCACAAUAUGAAGGCAGCGAUGUACCGAUUACACCUAUGCGACGAUUGAUCAUAUCCAUGCCGGAUAUUGCCUAUGAACUCAUUGACAAACGUUUUACAACGAGUAUCGGUGAUGAAGGUCAACCCAAGCAUUUGAUUAAGUAUGAUUACACAUUUAUUGAUGAUCAUUACAAUAUUUGUGAUUGGCAUCCAGGCGAACUACUUAUAAUCCAAAGAGUAUUAAAUACAAUCAUUUCAGCAUUAAAAUGA